UUUGUUGUUUAGUUGUUAUUUUCCUUUUUCGUAGCCUGUACAAUGUACACAACAUACUCUUCCAUUUGACCUCUGAAUGUUUAUAAUGGUGAAAUAAAUGCGUACCAAUUCUGGUUGCGCAAAUGAUAUAGAGUUCAAUAACUUAUAUUUGGAUAAAUACAAAUCUAUUGAACAUAUCAUUUUGAUGUGUACUUCUUUAAUCUAGAUAGGAGGCGUGGAAAUGUGGUCGUUGGCUUUCGCCUUCCCACUUCAUCGGAGUCGGGGGUUUACAUUCCAUGUGAGAUUAACAUAGAGCUGCACUUGUCACAUUGUAGCAUACAUUUUCGCUGGUAAUAAUAUGAACUCUUAAAUACCGGCCUAGAUAUCUUACUUCGUUCAAUGACACGAUACAAAGCAGUUUUGCGGUUAACCAAAACCUACAAGCACCCCUUGUAAAUGGUGCAUUCCACAUGUGGAAGUCCAAAACAAAAAUGGCAAUGAGCUCGAACCUAACCAACGUUCAACUGCUAACACCGAAACUGAAACCUAACCCCGGUGUGUCUGACACUGAUCCUUGUAAAGCUUCGUAACACGAACCGAGCCCCCUCGGCGUCACUCAGGCAUGGCACUUCAAAUAUCAGCUCUAUUUUCAUAUAUGAGAGCCUCACGGUGCACUACUCUGUCCCGUGUCCGUGCUGACUUCCAGGCAGCCGGUGUCAGGUUUAAACACGGUGUAACUCCUGGAAGCCCCCCAGGUCCUGCUCGCGGCCAUAUUAACGCUGCUCUCCGAGCUGAAAAGUUUUCCACCACACCGACAAACGCAGCAAUUUGGAGGUCCAGCCAGGUAAAGGCUUCCUCCUCACCCCGAGGCUGGCUGGGGAAGGUAGCCCUCGGUGCCACCCUGGGAGUAAGCACAUUUGCUCUGGUCCACUCUCUCCACACCGGAACAGUCACCGCCAUGGCCCGCAAACUUAACCUGAACUCCGCUGAUGGAGACUGGAAGGAGACCAAGGACUACUUGCUGUCUCUGUCUGUGACGGACAGGCGUCAGCACUACAGGACAUCUGACUUUGUGCCACUGCACGACAUCGCAGUGUGGACUCCCACUGCAGGCGGUUCUGAAAAAACAGUUUACCCGAGGAAUAAAAAGUUGGACAAGAAGAUUUCCCUCUACAGUGGGGACAUCACCAAGCUGGAGAUAGAUGCGAUUGUUAAUGCAGCCAACAAGACUCUGCUCGGAGGAGGUGGAGUGGACGGGGCGAUCCACCGCGCUGCAGGGCCAAUGCUGAAACAGGAGUGUGCGUCUCUUCACGGCUGCGAGACCGGAGAGGCCAAGAUCACGUGUGGCUACGGCCUUCCAGCAAAGUAUGUGAUCCACACAGUGGGGCCGGUCGCUCAGGGAGGAGUGGGAGACGAGGAGAAGAAAGCGUUGAGGUCGUGCUACAAGAACAGCCUGAACGCAGCCGCCAAAAACAACGCACGCUCUGUGGCGUUCCCCUGCAUCUCCACAGGAGUCUACGGAUAUCCACCUGAGCAGGCUGUGCACGAAGCGUUAGCAACUGUGAGGGAGUAUCUGGAUGAACAUCACGACAAGCUGGACAGAGUCAUCUUCUGUGUGUUCUGCCUA